AUGGCGUUGAUACCGGGCACCUUGGUGGACAUCAGCGGGCUGCCUGGCAAAGCAGAGCCAGUUCCGAGCGCCGCAGCGGAUGGCGUCGAAGCGGUCGACUUGAACGGCACGUCAGCGCAGCUGGUGCAGUAUGACAAAGCCGCCAAAAAGUGGAUUGCAGCGACCUUCUCAGGAAGAAUGAUUGCCAUUGAUCAAAAGAACAUCCGUCCCGUGCAGUCAGAGGCUGUCCAGAAGUAUGAUUUCGUUUUGGGCCCUAAAUCGGAUUAUGAAAUAUCGGGACAGGAGAUCACAAGAGCACUAGCAACAAAAGGAUAUGCUCUGGUCAAGCUUAUCGUUGCCGAAGAAGACGCUGCAGAGAUGGUUUCCGUGGCACAACAGCUGGAUGACAACGAGCAGUUCAGCCGCCUUGCGAUCGAGUUUGAGCGAGGCUACCUGGGUGAUGAAGGAAACGCAAAGACGGUCCACGUCGGUCUGGAUGCCUCCGAUACGCCGGACUUCAUUAAGCGAUCUCCGCUGAAGACGAUGGACAACAAUUUUGGUCAGCUCUGCUCGAUGCUGUCCAAGUACUCCGAGGAGAAUCUAGGCUUCGAGGUCUAUAGCAGGACUGAGAUGCUCCUUCGCAUGCCACUUGCGGAUGGCGAGGAAGACAAGUACCCCCCAGCUGACAUUGACGAUGGGGAUGCCGAGGGCUUUCUGCAUUUGAUGUACCGUAGAAGGCUGACAGUGCUUCAAUUUGUUGGGCCUGCAGGCGGGUCACUGAAGCUUCUUCCGGUCAAGGAGGGUGAUCAGGAGAUUGACCUCGCCGCUGACCCACACACGAUGCUUGUCAUGCUGAACAGCCGAUGGGAGUACAGCUACAGUCCUGCUGGAAAAGCUCUUGCGCUGCAAACCUUCAUGCUUGCAGAGCCUGCCAUCUACUGUUUGGAGGAUGAAGUUCAGGGCAAUGUUGAGAAUUUGACUGGUCAGUCAACCGGUCCUCCACCACCUCCAGGUGAACACUGCACAAUCGAGUCGAUGUACUGUCGCUACGGCAUGCAGGCUGACGGCCGUCACCAGUUUUGGCAGGGAGCAGCCAAAGCGUGCUGCGAUGGACUGACAGAGGUCCCUGUCACGCGAUGGGACCAUGGGCCAUACUUUGAUCCCGAGUCACAGUUUGGAGGGGCCUACACUCGUCACGGCUGCUUCGGUAUCGAAGGUGUAGACCUCUUUGAUUGCAAGUUCUUCGAGAUCUCACCCAUGGAGGCCAAGGGCAUGGAUCCCUGUCAGCGCCAGGUCAUGGAGGUAUCCUACAUGGCACUCCUGGAGGGCGGCUACGACAAGAGGAGCCUGCAGAGAGAGGCGCAGAACAUUGGCCACUUUGUUGGCAUUGACAAGGACGACUGGAUGUGCAUGAGUGCUGCUGGCAUGUUGGACUGUGGUGGCGGUGCGCAUGGUGCAGCUGCUGCAGCCAAUGCCAUUACCUCCAAUCGUUUUUCCUAUUCCAUGAACCUGAAGGGUGCGAGCAUGACCAUCGACACUGCCUGUUCCUCCUCUCUUGUCUGCACGCACGUGUCCAAGCUCCACUUGCGCUUCAAAGACUAUGAACCAAUGCCUGCAAGCAUCGUGAACGGCUUGAACCUCAUGCUGUAUCCUGGACCCUUUGUCGGGUGCUGCGCAGCCGGUAUGCUGAGUCAUGACGGAAGGUGCUUCACGUUCAACUCCACCGCUGAUGGCUAUGCGAGAGGUGAGCUGUGUGGUGCUUUGUGCUUCAAGCUGAAGCAAUUUGACCCGUCGACUGGGUCAAUUUGCUGCCUAGCUGGCAGUCAGUCGAACCAGGAUGGGCGAAGUGCCAGUUUGACUGCCCCCAACGGGCCGGCUCAGGAGAAGUGCAUCAAAGCGGUGCUCCGCGAGUGCAAGCUGACGCCGACAGAGGUUGAUUGCAUUGAGUGCCAUGGGACCGGAACGGCCCUGGGUGAUCCUAUCGAAGUUGGAUCCUUCAAAAAGGUGAUGAGUGCAACUCCUAGAAAGGAGCCCCUUGUGAUCACGUCUUCCAAGUCCAACAUUGCACACGGAGAGGGCGGUGCAGGCUUAGCAGGCUUUUUCAAGUGCUGCCUCCAGGUUUCCAACUGUGAGGGCGCGUCAAACGUGCACCUGAAGGUGAGAAAUCCGCAUUUGGACAUGGAGGGCUUCCCAUGUCAGAUUCUCUCGGAGUCCGUGGCGAUGCGUGAGGAUGCAGCCUAUUCUGGAGUCUCCUCUUUCGGUUUCGGUGGCACAAAUGCUCAUGCAGAGGCCUGGGGCAAAAACAUCAUGAACUCACGUGGAUGCAUGGUGUCUGACCCGAUCAAGCUCUUUGAGAGGAAGCUAGCCAAGGCACCGCCUGCAGAGAUCACCAUGAACGGCGACGAUGUACGGGACUGGGAGACAACUGGGCUUGACCCAGCAGGGCAGAUUGGAGACCGGUACAUGAUCGAGCUGGAUGAGGAUGGUGUUGCGACAUGGGAGAAGGUCGAUGAGGAACUGGUGGAUUGGGGUGACGAUUUCUCCUUGCAGGGUACGUUCAACAACUGGGAAGCCGAACCAAUGGAAAGGUCGGACUCAAUCUUGGGUCUGUGGGUUGGUGAGAUCACAGUCGGCAGCACUGGAGCUGAGCACUUCCAGGUAAUCGCAGACAACGAUGAUGAAAAAGUCUACUGUCCAGACCGUCCCAACUGCACUUCCAAGGUGGCGCAAGUCCAAGGCCCAAAAACGGCUGCCAAGGAGAAGUCCUGGGUAAUCCGCGGAGCGCCUGGAGACAAGUUCAAGAUCGAGUUCUUCCAGCAGGAGAAGCGACGAUCGGUUCUCUGGAUGAAGCUAUGA